AUGGAGAGACAUUUUUGCAAAGGCCUCUACCCCCCCCUCCCCCGCCUGGAGGAGAGGCCUGUCAAGCCGCCCAGGUAUGUAUCAACAUUUAGACCGUCUGUCAAGUGUGAGACAGAGAAAAGUAAAGCUCAGUGGAAAACAAUGGGACCAGCAAAAGUUGAAGUGCCCUCUCCAAAAAACUUUCUGCAGAAACAUUCAAAGGAACCCAAGCUACCAGAGAGAAAAAAAGAACAAGAUAGUAGGAAAAUGCCUACAUUAUCAGUGCCACGGAAGACAGAUCACCCACUUAUGGGAAUUCAGAGUAAAAAGAAUUUUAUAAAUGCAAAUGCUGUUGCUGCUAUCAUGGGGUUGGCUAAAAAGCCUCAACCUGUUUAUGUUGAUAGAAGACAGGGAGACAAACACCUGCUUGAAACUUCAGGACUUGUUCCAAAAUAUGUUAAAAAAAAGGAUUAUGGUAUUAUACCAAAAUAUGUAACACAGAGAGAUGAAGAAAUUAAGAGAGCUCAGAAAGAACAUGAGGCCUAUAUCUUGGAGUCUCUCAAAAAAAGAGCCAUGAAACGGUUGUCUGAUGAAGAAAGGAACAGUGUUCUGCAGGGUCUCAAAAAGAACUGGGAGGAGGUGCAUCAUGAGUUUCAGGGUCUUUCUGUAGAUAUAGACACCAUACCGAAGAAGAUGCAUAAAGAAAAGCUGGAAUCACAGAUGAAACAACUGGAGCAUGACAUAGAUGUCAUCGAGAAGCACAAAGUUAUCUACAUUGCAAAUGAGUAAGAACUGUUAAGUAAGUCCUUACUAUGAGUAGGGACUGUUUUUCAAAUAUUGCCUCUUUCUUCCUUUUCUCUUUCUCUACCACUGCCUUUCAGAAACAAAAAACAAAAAAUAUAAAUGCUUAGAAGAAAUUGAAACAAAUCCAACCAUUCAGAAUAAGACAAUAUUCAGCUAAUAUAAGCAUGUAGUUUCUUAGGAAAGUUGCUACACAUAGCUAAUUCUCGUCUAUACAAUUCAAAAAACUGUUUUGAAUAAAAUUCCUAAUUAACUUUCAACAUAGAAGCAAUUUGUACUAUUUGUAAUUUUUACUAACUAGUAAGAUUUCUAUAAACGUCAUAUGAAAGGCAUAAAAAAUAGUUUCUUAUGUUUGGAGCACUUCUUCCAUUUAACAGCCAAAACUAAGUGAACUGAUGGGCUACUGAAGAAAACUUGGUAAAAAAUAGCUUCAGGGUGGGAUUCCUUCUCGUCUAGUUAUUAAAGAGCUGAAGAGCUAAAGAGUUUAAACAAUUCUAUUUCUAAACAGUUUGAUUUCUACCUAACAUUUUCUACAUUCAUUGUUUGUUAUCAAAAUCAUUUUUUACAGCAGAAGCCCAUAACAACAUAAGCUUUCUGCAGUGUAGUUACCACAGGUAGCAUGCUAUGUAUGUGUAUGUAUGAAUAAUGCAAUAAUGCUGUGCUAAGUUUACAACUAAAGUGGGAAAAUAUAUAUGGAUUGCUAUUGUACAUAUAAUGUUAGAUCAAAAGCAAUAUACUAAUGAGUCAUGAUCUGGGAAGACGUUAUAUUGGCAUACUGUACUGAUUGGCAUACUGUACUGCAAUUAUUUGAAUAAAAACUGUUUCUUUUCCUUCUGCUCCA